AUUGGGGGAGGAAUAAAUGGGAGAGGGAGAAGAAAGGGUAGAAAAGGAAGGAUGGGAAAGAAUAAUGAAGAGGAGGAGGAGGAGGAGGAGGAGGAGGAGGAGGAGGAGGAACCGCAUUGCUCAGAGAAAAACGAAAUAAGACAAGCGGGGGAGGGGUAG